AUGGGAGGAGAUCAGUCAUGCCUCCGAAAUUCAACCCAUAGUGAAAAUACAUUAAUUUAUAGUGAUGCGAUGAACGUCGUACAUAGUCAUAAAACAAAAAAGGUUCAUUUCUUCGAUAUUAGUAAAUCUACAACAAGACAACAAUUAGAUGGAUUAGAUAGAAACGAUGAUUAUCUUGAAGCAAUAGAAACAUUGACAAGUGACAGUCAAAAUAAUGCAUCAACGACUGAGGAAAAUGAUGUAAUAACGAAUAAAAAUAAUGAAUAUAUAACGUAUCUAAAAACAAAAUAUAAAAUAGAAUCAAAGUCCACCAAACCGUCAACGUUUGGGAAAAAAAUGAGAUACAUUAAAAACUGGUUAUAUAGGACGAUUCCGUUGAGGAAAGAUUAUUCAGAAAUCACAGGACGACCGAUAAGACUGGCGACAAAGCCAGCCAUUGACGUAAUACCGACAAGAGUCAGCGAGGAUGAAUUAACAUUUCCAAUAAAAAUCGAUAAUAAAGUAGAAAAAUCGAAAUCAACAACAACUACCAUAGUAGAACUGAUGACAAUAACAACAUCACAGAAGAGUUCUUCAAAUAAUAAUGAUGAAGAGGUAGAGGAAGAGAGUGAAAGUGAAGAAGAAAUUUUUCAAUCAGACAAAGAACAAGAAAUUUCGUCCAGAAAAUUAGAAGAGACAGAAGAAAUGAUUGAAAAGUUUUUAGUUCCACAGCAUUAUUGUUCAGUAUCAGAAAUAUUAAUGAAAUCAUCAAAUAUUUCUGUGAACUAUUUUGCACCGAAAUAUAACAAACAAAAAUGUUAUUAUCAAAGGGUUACCGAUCCAUGUAAGCUCAUUGUCGAAUCGAAUAAUGCAUUACCAACGACAGUUUCGGCAUUUGAAAAAAAAUGUACGAAACUCUCCCAAAAAUCGAGAAAUAAUUCAGAUCUCACAUCAAAAUCAUCUUCAAAUUCUAUCGUGUCUUCCUCUUUAUCAGAUAGCAGUGGUUCUUGGUCAUUUGUUACGAGUUCAAAUAUCAGUUUUCAUUUGAAAAAAGCAUUGUAG